CGAUAAUCAAGGAAUAACAGACGAUGGAGAUACUCACAAAUACGGGGUUCCACGAAGAACUGAUGUUCUCCUUGCCCAAAGAGGUGAAAGAACAGCAACCGUCUCAGAGGUCCAUGACUAAAAUGAAGACCUCAUGCAGUCUUGUAUUGGCCAUAAUUUUCGCUGUAUUUGUUAUAGGUUAUACAAAAGGGCGGCCAGAUUUCUGCAACCUUGACGCCGAAGGUGGUCGUUGUAUGGCAUACCUGAGGAGGUAUUACUUCGACCAAAAUGCUGGCACUUGCAAAGAAUUUAUCUAUGGCGGCUGUGAAGGCAACAGCAACAAUUUUGAGUCACUGGCAGAUUGUCAAAACACUUGUGGAAUGAAGGAAACUCUGCGCUAAAGAUGAAAUAAGUUAAGCCUCAUUGUGUAAAACGCUUUCUCCAUCAAGCCUUCGAUGCCAUUUUGUUCAGUUUUCAGACAUAUGUAUCGUAGAACCGAGAGUACGAAAAGAAGUAUUUUAUCAGGACGGUAAACUUUGUUGAAGACUCAAGUAGUAUUGAGCGAAUUUGGUUAAAAUUUCACAGAAUAGAUAAAUAAAAUGUUGAAUCAUCGUG